UUAUGGUGCCAUUUUUAGAUAUCGCACAAGUGGCUCCAGCCCGCAGGCUUCGAAGACUACAUGAAGAGGGGGAUGGAGGGGGAGGAGGAUAAUCCACUCGAGAGAAGUAGGCUGCAACAGGAGGCAAGGGGCACCAGAGGCCAGGUCAGUCGGCGAUCCCACGGACCCGCAGGCAGAGCGUGCCCAGCCAAAACGCCACGCAUAUCCCAGACAGGUGGAUGCGCCGUGCCAGCACCACGGCUUGCCAAGACCUUCUCAUCGUGAAGAGAUCUUGUGACCAUGCCAGCCAUCCACGUGCCAACAGACAUGGCAGCUGCAACCGCGACGGCCGAAACGAACACCUCCUUCCAACUGCCCGACACGUAUCCGUCGUCCUGAAGACCGUCCCGGUCCCUCAUGUAGAUGAGCACGAAGGCGAAGAAAACAGGAUAGCCGAUGGCAUUGCCGCUGUAUCGGAUACCGUCAAGGUCCAGAGCGCCGCCCACAGCGGGGUCGCCCAGGAGAGCCGACUGGCGCUGGGCGGCUUCAGCAUCCUGCGGAGCCUGCGCCUGUUGAGCACGAGGAAGGCGAGCCCCAACGAACCGAGCAUGCGCCUGGGCUCGGCGCCGCCGCCGCCACCGCCCCGGCGGGCGCGCCGCGCUGGCGCGCGGCCCCCCCGCCGGCGGCCCGCGAGCCCAGCACUCCCUUGGCCAGCGCGCUGCGCGGGACGGUCGCGGCGGCGCGCGGCGCGGCCGUGCCAAGGCAGGGAGCGGCGCAGCCACCGCGGGGCGCAACGGCAGCGUCAGCUGGCCAGGGCGCUCGCGGCACAAGGCAGGGCGCGCCCGGCCGCGGCGGCGGCGGCAUGGGCGCUCCCGCAGGGCCAGCGCCAGCCGGCAUCGGGGGGCCGAGGCCCCUAGGAGGAGGGAACAGCCACUCCGCGGCGAUCAUCGUGGGACGUCAUCGUCGGACGAGGAGGUCCAAAAAGAGGGUAACGGCUACUCAGAUUCGUCGCGGGACGUCGUUGUUGGACCU